AUGUUUAUUUCCCGUUCCGGGUGCUAAAGUGGUCGUAUGCGCUGCAGUAUCUACACACAAAAAGUAGCUUGAUGAGUAUCCAAAGUAGUGGAAGUUUGGAGGGGACGCCAUCUUUGGUCCCAGCUCUCCACGUCCCCAACACGGACUGUGCUUUCAGAAGCAUACCACGGCAGGGGUGAAGGCCUAGGAAGGCACCAUGGAGGAGCUGCACAGCCUGGACCCCCGUAGACAGGAGCUGCUGGAGGCACGUUUUAUGGGUGGGGUCAGUGGCAGCACGGGGGGCAGCACUUGCAGCACAAGUGGGGGAACCAAAGGAUUGACCAACAAUGAAUGUUCAAAUCAUAGUUUCGGAAGUCUGGGAUCUUUGAGUGACAAAGAGUCGGAGGGGUCAGAUUCGAAAAGAGGCAGUUCUCCUGCUUAUUCGACUCCAGAGAAGAAACAGUCUGAAUCAACCAGAGGCAGAAAAAGGAAACCUGACAUUCAGUCAGAGAGCAGCCAAGGAAAAUCAGCUGUGCGAGGACCCAAAAUAAGUGAUUAUUUUGAUUUCCAGGGAGGAAAUGGGUCCAGUCCUGUCAGGGGUCUCCCUCCAGUGCUCCGCUCACCCCAGAACUCACAUUCCCACUCGGCUCAGGGCACUGCUGUUAGACAAAAUAGUUCUUCUCCUCCUAGUCUGUCUUUUGGGGACCACAUGACGCAUCCAAAGCAGUUAGCUGUCAAAUUUGUUCAGACUGACCUUACAGUGUUAAAAUUGGCUGCCCUUGAAAGCACUAAGAACCUAGACCUGGAGAAGAAAGAAGGCAGGAUAGAUGACUUGCUAAGGGCCAACUGUGAUCUCAGGAGACAGAUAGAUGAGCAACAAAAAUUACUUGAAAAGUACAAGGAACGCUUGAAUAAAUGCAUCACCAUGAGCAAGAAGUUACUUAUAGAAAAGAGUACCCAAGAGAAGCAGGCCUGUCGGGAGAAGAGCAUGCAGGAUAGACUACGAUUAGGCCAUUUCACAACAGUGAGACACGGGGCCUCAUUCACAGAGCAGUGGACGGAUGGCUAUGCUUUCCAAAACCUUGUCAAACAGCAAGAGUGGAUAAACCAACAGAGAGAAGACAUUGAGAGGCAAAGAAAGCUUCUUGCCAAGAGAAAACCUCCAUCCUCCAGCAACUCCCAAGCACCAACCACAAACUCAGAGCCAAAGCAACGCAAAACCAAGGCAGUAAAUGGAGCAGAGAAUGAUCCCUUUCUAAAACCCAGCCUACCUCAACUGCUGACACUAGCAGAGUACCACGAGCAGGAAGAGAUUUUUAAACUGCGACUUGGACAUCUGAAGAAGGAAGAAGCUGAAAUCCAGGCGGAGCUGGAGCGCCUGGAGAGAGUGCGCAACCUUCACAUUCGGGAGCUGAAGAGAAUAAAUAAUGAAGACAGUUCCCAAUUUAAAGAUCACCCAACGCUGAAUGAACGAUAUCUGCUUCUACACCUUUUAGGGAGAGGGGGCUUUAGUGAAGUUUACAAGGCUUUUGACUUGAUUGAGCAACGAUAUGCUGCAGUGAAAAUCCACCAACUUAACAAAAACUGGAGAGAAGAGAAAAAGGAGAACUAUCAUAAGCAUGCAUGUCGAGAAUACAGAAUACACAAGGAGCUGGACCAUCCAAGGAUUGUAAAACUUUAUGACUACUUCUCACUGGACACAGACACGUUUUGCACCGUUAUGGAGUACUGCAAGGGGAAUGACUUAGAUUUCUACUUGAAGCAGCACAAGCUAAUGUCAGAGAAAGAGGCACGGUCCAUAGUCAUGCAGAUAGUGAAUGCACUAAAAUACCUUAAUGAAAUCAAACCCCCCAUCAUCCAUUAUGACCUUAAACCAGGUAAUAUCUUGCUGGUGGAUGGCACAGCGUGUGGGGAAAUCAAAAUCACUGACUUCGGUCUUUCUAAAAUAAUGGAUGAUGACAACUAUGGUGUAGAUGGGAUGGACCUGACAUCACAGGGUGCAGGGACCUAUUGGUACUUGCCUCCUGAAUGUUUUGUGGUUGGUAAAGAACCUCCAAAAAUUUCCAAUAAGGUGGAUGUGUGGUCAGUGGGUGUCAUCUUUUUCCAGUGUCUGUAUGGAAGGAAGCCUUUUGGCCACAACCAGUCACAGCAGGACAUUCUGCAAGAGAAUACCAUACUGAAAGCUACCGAGGUCCAGUUCCCUGUUAAGCCUGUUGCCAGUAAUGAAGCAAAGGCUUUCAUAAGACGGUGUCUGGCAUACAGGAAAGAGGACAGGAUUGACGUUCACCAGCUGGGAAGUGACCCAUACUUGCUCCCUCACAUUAGAAGAUCAAGCUCCUCUGGAAAUCUGCAGAUGAGUGCUGCCAGCUCUGGACCAGCCUCCUCCAGUAUCAUCUCAUAUUGACAGUUUUGAAGUGUGUUAAGAGGCAAACUGACAGCUGCUGUUGUGCCUGUGGAGCUCCUCAGAGGCUUGGACUUCAGAAGAGGAACAAUCGGCAACAGAAGGAGCAGGAAACAGGCAGGGUUGGGGGUACCAGGCUUCUUCUUGUUUACUAAGGCUUGAUCAAUGGAUGGACAGUGACUGGAUGAUUUAAAGGACAUGGCUAAAUGGAUCGCUUUGAGGGUCCGACAAAAGCACUGAAACUGAUUUUGAACCUUGAAGAAAAUGUGACUGAUGAGAUGUUGCAGAUGGAUGAAGCCUUAAGGGGCUGAAGGGAAAUUUGGCAGCCCGCCAUUUAGGUUAAAUACCGUGGUCCUGCCAGGAUGCAAAUUAUUCAGCUGCUAGAAGUUAAUUUACUGUGAGGAGAAGACCGUCAUUGUUAAGUAGAACUUCAGAUAUUUCACUUUUGAUUUGGAUAAUUGUUUUUCACAAAGUUAGGCUUUAAUUUGAAUUCCUUAGCCAUGAGAAUGUAAUGUGUAGCAUAAAGUGACAUCUAGCGUCAUGUAGGUUGGAGCAGCAUACUUACAUAUGUUUAAUGCACAAAGUAACCAAAUGUAGAAAAUGAUAAAUGUAUAAAACCCUAUGCAGGAAUAAUUAAUAGAAAUUGGAAACUGUAUAUGCUGUAUAGGUGAAUUUUCAAAUUCUGAGCUUCAGCAGUAAUAUGUAGAGUUCAAAUUUUCCCAAUUUAAAAUUAGUUUCCUGGAGUGGUUCAAUUUUGUUUGCUCUUACUUUUUUAAGGGCUGUAUGUACCACUUUAGCUACAAAAAGUGAAUAAUAAUAAAUGCCAGGAAACUUUA